AUGGCGCCCUGGCUGCAGGUGCUGUCGCUGCUGGGGCUGCUCCUGGGCGCCGCCGCCGCCCCGGCGCCGGCCUGGGACCCACCGUCCCCGGAGCUGCUGAAGCCGGCCCGCUUCGCCCUGAGGAUGUACAACCGCGGCCGGGCGGCGGGGACGCAGGCCGCGCUAGGGGCCGUCCGCGGGCGCGUCCGCCGGGCGGGCCGGGGGUCGCUGUACUCCCUGGAGGCGACCCUAGAGGAGCCGCCCUGCAACGACCCCACCGUGUGCCGGCUCCCUCUGUCCAAGAAAACCCUGCUCUGCAGCUUUGAGGUCCUGGAUGAGCUAGGCAAACACAUGCUCCUGCGGAGGGACUGUGGCCCAGUGGACACCAAGGUUGCAGGUGCUGGGAUACCCAAGGAUGCUGGGAUAGCCCAGAUCAGGCCUCCCUUAGGCUCAGCCUUGCUGUCUUCUCUGUUCCACCCCCAUCCAGACUACACCAACGAGACCCUGAAUUCUGUUCUUCCACUGUGGAACAAGGAUCCCCUCCCCCAGGAUUUUUCCGUGAAGAUGGCUUCGAUCUUCAAGAACUUUGUCACCACUUAUAACCGGACAUAUGAAACGAAGGAGGAAACCCAGUGGCGCAUGUCCGUCUUUGCCAAUAACAUGAUUCGAGCACAAAAGCUCCAGGCCCUGGACCGAGGUACAGCUCAGUAUGGGAUCACCAAGUUCAGUGACCUCACAGAGGAGGAGUUCCGCACCAUCUACCUGAAUCCCCUGCUAAGAGAGGAUCCUGGCCGGAAGAUGCGCCUAGCCAAGGCCCCCAAGGACCCCGUGCCUCCUGACUGGGACUGGAGGACCAAGGGAGCUGUCACCAAAGUCAAGGACCAGGGCAUGUGUGGUUCCUGCUGGGCCUUCUCAGUGAUAGGCAACGUGGAGGGCCAGUGGUUCCUGAACCGGGGGACCCUGCUUUCCCUCUCUGAGCAGGAGCUCUUGGACUGUGACAAGGUGGACAAGGCCUGUAUGGGUGGCAUGCCCUCCAACGCCUACUCAGCCAUAAUGACUUUGGGGGGGCUGGAGACUGAGGAAGACUACAGCUACCAGGGCCACCUGCAGGCCUGCAGCUUCUCUGCAGAGAAGGCCAAGGUCUACAUCAACGACUCAGUGGAGCUGAGCCGGAACGAGGACAAGCUGGCAGCCUGGCUGGCCAAGAACGGCCCCAUCUCCGUCGCCAUCAAUGCCUUCGGCAUGCAGUUCUACCGCCACGGGAUUGCCCACCCUCUCCGGCCCCUCUGCAGCCCUUGGCUCAUCGACCAUGCCGUGCUGAUCGUGGGCUAUGGCAACCGCUCUGACGUCCCCUUCUGGGCCAUCAAGAACAGCUGGGGCACUGACUGGGGUGAGGAGGGUUACUACUACCUGCAUCGCGGGUCCGGGGCCUGUGGUGUGAACACCAUGGCCAGCUCAGCGGUGGUGGACUGAGGCGCCACCGGCUCGGACCUAGUGCUGCCCAGAGCAGCCCCCUCCUAAGCCUGGCCUGCGU